AAUGACCACUCACACGCUUCAGUGAAUUAACAGCUGAGUGACAGCGUUAGCUGCUAAAUUCUGGACUGAGAACGUAUUUAAAGCUGCUGUAAAGUGUCGGAUUUUACGUUAAUUUAAUCCCACAUUUGCUUCUUGAAGCUUCGACGUCGGUCUUUGUUAAUCUCCGUCUUCAGCGGUCUGGUCAUGGGUGAAGUGGAGCUCUCCUGUCGGGCCUUCGUUAAGAUGUACCUUCACGCCUCUCUGUUCCCACGGUGCAGUAUCAACGGACUGUUGCUGUCGUCCGGCCCGGCAGGUGGCACUGUGUGCGUCACGGACUGUGUACCGCUGCUCCACUCGCACCUGCCGCUGGCUCCCAUCACUCAGCUGGCCCUCACACAGGUGGAUGUGUGGUGUUCACAGACGCAGCAGAGGAUUGUGGGAUAUUAUCAAGCUAAUGCCUGUGUAUCAGACAGUAGUCCGACGCCGUGUGCACUGAAGGUUGCUGAUAAAAUCGCGGAGCAGUUUGACAAUGCAGUUUUAUUAAUGCUUGAUGGCAGUAAGAUGUCUCCAGACUAUCGGGUCCCUCCCAUCGUCAUGUACGAACGCAAAGACUCAAGAUGGACCCUCAAAGACAAACACACGAUAAUGCUGAGGCAGUGGGAGGAGACUCGGGCCAUCGCCGCUCAGAUGCUGGAGGCCAACGAUCACAUGACACUGGUGGACUUUGACUGCCACCUGGACGACAUCACAAAGGACUGGACCAAUCAGAAACUGAACACCAAGAUAGCAGAGCUGGCGUCGCCGGCCAACGGGAACAUCUAGACUGUAGGAGCGGAGUUUAUUUAUGUUCUGACCCCCAACACCAUGUGAUUUACUCCCCCACAUCACAAACACGUUGAACACUUUUAAUUUUUUAAUGCAUUUUGUCAAAUGAACAUGGAUAUGACGUACGUAGAACACGCUUAAAUAACAAGAAUAUUUACAACUACA